AUGGUCUUUUUCCGUCUAAAAACGAUCGUGGUAAUAUUCACAGUUAUUAUAGUUCUUUCUCUUUUCUUUACAUUUGAAAAUUCUACCAAAUCUAAAUAUGAGGAAAAGGAUUUGAAGCAGACGAGAACUGACGCUAAGAUAUUACGCUGGAUUAACAAACAGUGGAUAGAAUUGAAUCAUUUCUGUGAAGGAAGGAAUAAUUUUUUGCGCGCCGUGCUCAAUUCACCUGCAGGGAAAACGCCAAUAUUUGUACACGACCUGAAUGAUGAUGCGGCAGUUUCGAAACAGUUGUAUGAUAAGGGAAUUUGGGAUCCUGAAAAUGUUGGAUUAGUUCACAAGUACCUUACAAGCUAUCCGGAUUUGGUAUUUAUGGAUUUAGGAGCUCAUGUUGGAACUUUCUCUUUGAUGGCAGCCAAACUUGGAAGACAAGUUUGGUCGGUCGACCCACUACGGGGAAAUUUGUUUCGACUGUGCAAAUCGAUUGAAAUUGGGAAUUUUACUGAACAGGUAACUGUAUUUUAUACAGCUUUAUCUGACACGUACAGUGUUUUUAAUUUCCAGACGGAUUACAAGAACAUAGGUGGCACUAGACUUAACCAGAAAAUAGACGUGACCAAUUUUUCUCAAAAUGGAGAUGCAACCGGAAUAAGCGUUAUUAGCACUGUUAAAUUAGACGAUCUUCUGCCCUUAGUGAAUUUUAAACGGGCCUUUAUUAAAAUGGACGUUGAAGAACAUGAAAUGAAUGUGCUUGUAGGUGGGCAAAGAUUUUUAGACUCUGUAGAUGUGCCGUAUAUUCUUAUGGAGUGGUUCUGGCACAAAAAACCAUCGGGAAAAUUUGGCCCUUCAAUUAUUGACUAUAUGACUAAGCGAAAUUACAAACCGUUUCACCCAGCUACAGAUGCCUUGUUAUCGCUAAAUGAUUAUCAUAACUGGCCUAUUGAUGUAUUAUGGAAAAAAUAUUCUUGA